AGGCGCAGGCGCAGCGCAGAGCAGACACAUCUGUCCUGUUAGCGCCAGGCUUGGCAUUGAAAAUUGCGCGUAACUAGGGGGCAAUGGGUGGGCGAAAGGCCCUGAUCCAGGAAUCUUGGCCAUCCACCUUUUUGGUGCGUUCGUGUCUUCGGGAAUUCGGAACCUUAUUAGUUAGUGUCCCGCCUGUGAAGGUAUUACCAAGUGUGAUCUCCAAGUAAAACGGGGUUAAGAGCAGAGGACAUGUACCAGGGACUUGAGUUUCGUGCAAAGACUAGAUAGAGAAUGUGUUCUCCUCAAGGCAAGAUUUAAUGCAGCGAGGGCAUACCUUGAAGAUCAGUAAAGAGUGUUAAUGCAAAGAAACCUCACCAAAGAAAACAUCUUCUCAUAUAAUUGAGAAAUCCGAGGCUGAAUCUAUGUUGUCAGAUGAACUAGAAUCCAGACCCGAGUUGCUGGUACAGUUUGUCCAGAAUACUUUUAUACCCUUAGGCAAAGGGUUUGAGGAGCCAGAACAGGGUGCUGCCCAACAUCUGCCUCCAAGCAAAGCCAGUGAGAGCACGUUAGACAACCAAGCCCCAGUCUCGGGUGACCCCUCUGCCUCUGAUCCUGCAGUGCUAAUUCGAACCGAGGCAUCUGAUGCCAGGAGCGCAACUGCUUCCAGUGAAAACGCGGAUGGGAGCACUCCAUGGUACCUCCGUGUACAGGAAUUGGCGCAUGAUAGUCUCGUAGCUGCGACCAGGGCAGAACUGGUGAAGGAUUCAAAAGGAGAGUCCGCAAACAACGGUAACUCAUCUAGCUGUAAGGAAGACUUGACACCCGACCUGCAGCACGCCCCCCCACGGAAUGAGAAGACUCUGAAGUGCUGUUACGAUGGAUGUAGCAGGACUUUCCUCUGGCACGCGCACUUGAAAUACCACCUGAAGACACACAAGAACGAUCGCUCCUUCACCUGCCCAAAGGAUGGAUGCGGGAAGAGUUUCUACGUACUGCAGAGGUUAAAGGUCCACAUGAGGACUCACAACGGGGAGAAGCCCUACAUCUGCCCCGAGGCCGACUGUGGGAAGAAGUUUACAACAGCCGGCAACUUAAAGAACCACAUGCGAAUUCACACUGGAGAGAAGCCAUUUGUUUGUGAGGCGGGAAGCUGCGGGCGCUGUUUUACAGAAUACUCCAGUCUUCGUAAACACAUGGUCAUACACUCAGGUGAGAAGCCUUACCGUUGUAGUAUUUGCAGCAAGACUUUUUCUCAGAGCGGCAGCAGGAAUGUCCACCUGCGGAAAUACCACAAUGUCUUUGUACCCCUCAGCGACCAAGAAGAAGCCACAGCACACCCACUGGCUGAUACUGGUGCGGCAAAUGAGCCAGAGUUACCUGCUGGACUUCCGGUAGCUACGGCUACUGUGGCGCCGCCAUCAAGCCUGGAAGCACAGCCUUUGGUGUUACCGCAUAGUAUACUUGGAGCAGAGGAGGAAGUGUUACCUGAGAAUUCUCCUUCGGUUUCUUGCACAGCAACCACAGCAUCCGUUGUAGUUCUACCGCAACCGCAUCACCUGGUUACCAUAGCAACCACAGGACAUUCUUUCGAGGAAGUAGUCACCGUGAUAAUACAGUGAAUGCCAACGGGUCCUUUUUUUUUAAAUGGAGGUUGAGAGCUCUACAGUGGCUAAAGAACAUUGCAAAAGUGAAGCUGCUCCCGAAGAGAAUCAAACUGUUCCCCUUGAUCACAGCUUGACAGCCUCUCUCAUUAACUAAAAUGACUAACCUGGGCAUAGGUUCACCUGUGAUUAUGUGUGAGAGAGAGAGAGAGAGCAGGUAGUGGUGGGUAUGUUUUUCUUUAUCUUGUUCUUCUUGAGGUAUUUACCCAUGAAUGCACGAUCCUGAUGAUGUCCUCUGUGAAAGAGAUUAAGCAUAUUCUGACCACUUUUCUCCUUGGAGCAGUCAAGAAAAAGACGUCCAGUAUUUAUUUACAAUGAGCCACUUAAUUUCACAUGCUGGGUUACAAUGAGCUCCGUUAGCUCAACAUGUAGAUCCGGAUAUAAGUGGGUACCGGUAGAAUCCUUGAUAUAUCCUGUCCUCCAUGGCCCGUGCUCAAAAAGUUGUCCUCUUAAGGUCUCAUUCCUGUGAAGCCACUUGUGCCGUCGUCUGAGCUGUGCAUCCCCACCGUCCUGAGAGUGACAGCAAGCCUGAAGAAGUGGGUGGCCUGUGGCUACAAGUGACGGAGCUGCCGACUUUGCCUUCCUGGUGAAUGUGUAGGUUUAGUGAUGGAUUUCAGUGCAGGCUUUGCGUGCGAGUUAUUAAAAUGUCUUCCCCUUGCCUAGAAUCCGGUUUGAAUGCUACCCGUGUGCAUGCAAAAUACUGGUAUGAUAUGUGCAAGUGACUUUUGCUAUACUUGGGUUAAAUAAAAGAUGGUUAUGCCAUCAGUCCUGAGACCUGCGUUCAGAAUACUUGGAGCCUUACCGUUCAAAUGUAGCAUGGUAGGGUUGGCACAUCAGAGUUCCACUUCACUGCUUCAGGAAGUAGCACAGCUCAGAUUUUGUUGCAGUCUCCUCUCUGCUGUGAUUUCCUGUUUUGCAUCAAAUUGUUUUGGAGAGGCAGUAAGCAGAGGUAAUCGAACAGAAAGUCGAAAAGAAAGCUACCCUCCACUUCCACUUGCGCCUUCUUGACAGCGCUGGAGGAGGUCUGGAAAAUAAAUCGGUGUGGCUCAAGGAGGUGGUUGGUGCCAAGAAGUGGAGAGGAAUGUUGAAGAGUAAGAUGGAACUGAAUAUGAAGCUAGGCUUGGUGGAUGAAUGGUUGUUUGGAUAGUGAGCCAGACAGACUGAAAUGUCCAAGUCUCAAUCCUGUUCUUGCCAUGAUAGGUAGUGGGGUGGUAUCAAUUGCCAGCUCAGCUGGGGAGGCUUCUCCCGAUCAUCAUUCAGUGACUUCCUGAUGAAAUGUGAAUGCAAGAUGACAACCGAAUCGGGCUGGGCUGUGAUCUUCCUAGUGUUGGAAUAGCCUGAGUCACGAAUGAAGAAUGGCCAUUCAAGUGAAUGGGAGGGUGCCCGGUGUCCAUGGAAUUGUUCCCUCCCAGCACAGUUGGCACCUUCAGGAGAGAAAAUUAGAAAUAUGAAAAUCUUUUGUUUCAGGUCUAUUGCCCAUGUGACAUCUUCAAGUGUUAACAAGAAACAUGGUGCUGCAGAAUUUAAAAACGUGAUUGUGAAAUGUGUAUGUUAUACACCAAUAAUGGAGGUGUCUAAAAGCCUCCCUAGCCUUGCCUUGUAACUGUGAGGUGGUCAUGAGUUUCAAGUUGUGAUAUUCCAUGUUAAGGAAUUUUGUACUGCAUUUGAAUAACCUUUAAAGGUUCAUAAAAGUUUGAAACAAUCGGGAUUCAGAAAUCAGGAAUAUUGACUAGUAGUAGCACUGAACUUUAUUUUGGCCAUUGCCAAAUCCUGAUUUCUCCUAAGUCUUCAAUUUUUUUUUGGUUCUAUUUGCAUUCCUAUAAAUUUUCCCUUGAGUUUUAUUUUGAGGACUGUCACUGUCCUCAGUGAUGGAUGAAUACAGUGCCCCUGUUCAUAGGCAGGUAUACGCUUGAAGCAGAUGGUUUUGUGUUUUGACAAUUUAAUGGUACUAAUCUUUUUUAAUAAAUGACUGUAAAUCUGAAA